AACACUUAACUCACGUAUAGCAUAGGACAAGUUUGUGUCUCGCGCCUCUAUACCGAACUAUCAAAUGCUAUUUCAAUAAUAACGAAUAAAAUAGAAAAUACGAUUCAAUAUACAUAGUUGUUUACAAUAACCAGUCACGUGUUACGAGUUCAAUUGUUUUAAUUUUUUUUUUAAUUAAAUCUCAUUGUAGUGACCGAUGGACUUCUUGUUCCGGGCUUCUUCCGGGUCCUUCUGUUAGGUAUCCGGCGGACCAACAGCGGAAUUCAAAAGUGUUGUUUGUGACGGUGUUUGGUUAUGUUUAACGAUUGCUGACAUACCUCUGUGGAUUAUAGAAGUAAGCGACAAGUUACCAAUAUCAAUAUAAUAGACAAAUGGAGGCGAAACAGGUACAGAACUCUAUAAAUUUGGAUUAAAACCCGAGCAUCUAAAAUUUCGGAGUACAUGAAGUUUAUCUUAUACAUCGGAUGAAGUAAACAAGGCAGAAAAGUGAAUAAACAGUGUUAAAUUUAGGUGCGUAAAACGGUGGUGGCGAUGAAAAAAUGCAGCUCCAGUGAUUAAUGUUAUUGUAGUGAAACCCAACUCGGUGUCGAAUACUUGCUGUGAUUAAUAAAAAUUAGCAUGAGUUCUUACUUUAAUAAUUAUAUGCCAGACAUGAGAAAUGGUGGUGUUGUAUCUGCUGAACAUCAACAUCAGCAUUACGCUGCCGCAGUACAAGUGGCUCAAAGUGGUGGACCAGUCCAAGGCGAUCCGAACUCGUGCUCGGGUGAUCCUUCGGUUGUCGGCUUACGACAAGGAAUACCUCCUCACCAUUAUGGCGGUCCUCCUACAGCGGGUCAGCCUCCUCAAGGAAUGCCAUAUCCUAGGUUUCCACCGUACGAUAGAAUGGAUAUCAGAAACGCCGGUUAUUACAACGCACAACAGCAGCAAAUGGAUGGUCAAUAUAGGCCGGAUAGUCCCACUAAUAUGCAUAUGUCAGCGACAACGGGACCUCCAAAUGGACAUCAAACACCAAUUGUGUAUGCUAGUUGUAAAUUGCAAGCGGCAUCGGUGACCCAAAAUGGGGUGCUAGGCCCCACUGGUAGUCCACCUUUAGACAGUGCACAAAGUAUGAAUACUCAACACAUGGGACAUCAUAUGCAGGAGCAGCAUGCGCAACAUCAUCCGCAGGCGCAUCAUCAGCAGCAACAUAUGAUGUAUGGAGCACCACAAAAUGCGAAUAUGCAUCAACCCUCUCCACAUCAACCUCCUCUUCAACAACAACCUCAGCCUGGACAGCAGCCACCAAACAACACGGCUUCUGCGCUACCUAGUCCUCUUUAUCCUUGGAUGAGGAGUCAGUUUGAAAGGAAGAGAGGUCGCCAAACGUACACCAGAUACCAAACUUUGGAAUUAGAGAAAGAGUUCCAUUUCAAUAGGUACCUGACAAGGCGACGGAGAAUAGAAAUUGCACACGCGCUUUGUCUGACUGAAAGGCAAAUCAAAAUCUGGUUCCAAAAUAGAAGAAUGAAGUGGAAAAAAGAAAACAAAACCAAAGGAGAAGGUGGAUCGGAAGGUGGUGGUGAUGAUAUUAGUCCGCAAGGGUCGCCGCAGUGAACCACGACGUAUUAAACAAACCAUGUACCUUAAUACAUAUGUUAGUCAUUGCAUUUGCCUUUUGCUACCAGCCAAAGGCCUUUUUGGAACCUCUUCAGUCGGGCUUCUUACACAAUAUAUUUCCAAUUCAGUUAUUACUACGAUUAAUAUAAUUUAGUUGAUAGAUAGAAGGAAACAAUGAUGGUUUUCCUAAUUUUGUGGAUCAAACGUUAUAAGUAUAUUAACCUAAAUACCUCACUUCAUCCACUGUCGGUUUUAUAUUCUUAGACGAAAAGUUACAAAUAAUUGGUCACAUGUAAAUUUUGUUGAAAUGUAAAAGCAGCUGAGAUACACAAUAUGUUUUUGUUGGUUUUUUAUUUGCUUUCUUUACACACCAAUUUCUCUUUAGAUGCUAUUCAUUUUUUGAAAAUUUGACAUAACUUUUUAUAAUUUACCAAUUUAUUUCUCUGCUUUGUUUUUUGUAAUAUUUUUCUUAAUAUUAAUAUUCUGUUAAAGUUGUACUGUACUCAUCAUUGAUGAAAUAAUAUGUAUUUGAUGAACAAUGAUAAUAUUUCUUAUAAUAAAAUUUUGGUAUUAAUAGAAUCAUUAAAAAUUAUAAUUUAACACUAAAAUGAAACAUUUUUCAAUUCCACAUUCAGUUAUUAUUAAAUUAUUGAUAUAUGCGGUGCUCUAGUCUAACAAACUAAAGGUGAAAUUAGUCAGAAAAUAUUCGAAUUCAAGGGCCAGUGUCGGAGAUCUUUUAAUUAUUUAAAGAAUGUAAUAUUUUAAUUUAAUUAUAAUAUAAAGUUUUGGUUGUUUUAUAAUAUAAAAUUUUCGUGUUUUAUUCGUAAAGAGAUUUUUAUGGUAAAGUAAACGAUUCAAUCCGCUUCUUUUCAUAUAGGAACAUUAUUAUUAUUGCUAGUAUUAUCGGUCUUACAAUUAAUAUAAAUUCAUCAGAAAAUCUGUGUCCAAUCUAGCUCCUAAUGAUACAGUGGCAGUCGAUAUUACAUUUUAACGACUGCCACUGUAUCAAGAUCAAGAUUAAUUUCAUCGACAACGUAUUGAAUGUAAUUGGCUCGAUGUAGUGUGAUGGGUGCUAUUAACUAGAUUAAAAUUACAGUAUAAUCUCAUUCAGUUUCCUUCUCACGUAACUAUUUUUUGAUUUGAAGUAAACUAAGAUCGGUUCGGCCAUGAUAAGAAGUGUUAUCCAAUCUAAUUACGGCGUACUCAAACUACAAUAUUUUUAUAUACAAAGAUCAUACAACUUUUCUCCAUAAAUUUCUCUGUAUGAGUUACAAUAAGCCACUAUAAUUUCCUUGUUAGAGCUUUGCAAACCGCCUGUCAGUGAAGCUUGCCAACGCUUUUAAUCAAUCCAUAGUUUUUCAAACAUAUGUUACCGAUCUCUUGGGUAAAUAGUAAAUACAUCUCCAGAUGAUUUUUUCCUAUUUUUCGACAAUGCUAAUUUCUCUUUAUGCUUAGCAAUCUUCUCAUUAUCAAAACGAUCUUUUCGACGUGCCAUUUCAAUAAUGGUUUACGAUCACACUUCAUAUAUCGCUUCAAAACGACUUAUACGCUAAAUGUUUAGAUUGAUUCUCAUUGCUUGUAUUAGCUUAUGGUUCUCUUUUUAUUGGUCUUGCGAAAUAUUUGUAUUAUUACAAUCAUGUUGUUAGGUAUUUACUUUCAUCUUUUUUUCUAAUGUCAAAAUAAAAAUAUAAUUUUUGUCCUGUCUCCAGUAUUUGAACAAAACUAAAACCGUUUCGCUACGAAAAUAAAAACGAAUAUAAAUAAUCAGUAAACCGUGAUUAAAGUAGUAUUUAUCUUUUGUAGUUUCAACAUAUUUUCAGUUGUGAUCCCUCUACCGCUGGUGCGUUUGAAUGUUUUUAUCGACCGAUAAUAUAGCUAUCUAAUUUCAUUUUUAGUUUGUUAGACUUUAAUAGAGAGUAUCCUUACAAUUUAUAAGAUGAAUUAAAUUAUAGAAUAUUAUUGAUUGUCCUGUCCUGAAUAUUAGAAAUCAAUAUUUUCUCAUUUACCUGCAAACCUCAAUAAUUAAAUGAGUUAUAAAUUAGAGGAUAAUCAGGUUCAGUGAAAAAUCAGUUCAGCUGUCGUUUUUUAUCUACCGUCUCAUAAUACAAUAUUUUACUUGAUGCUGUACCAAAUUUGUGUAUAAGUUUUCUUAAAAAUUGAAGAUUCCGUUUUAACAUUCGUUUCUGUCAACUUCACAUACAAUUUUUUGAGUAAAAAAUAGUCGCCAGAUUUAACUAGUUUUCUAGUAAGAAUCUAAUAGACCACAUUUAAGGAUAUUUCAGGACAAGACAAACAAGACAAAUAGAUUCCGUUAAUUGAUAAUAUUCAGUACAAUUAUCAUUUUUUAAACAGUUUAAUAAUUAAAAAUAAUUUAAAAUAUGAGUAUAGAUUUAUAAGAAAAAGAUUUAUUGAUAUUUCAUUUUAACCCUAAAGAAAAUAGAAAGGAUCGGUUUAUCAUAAUUAUACGAAAAAAAUAAAUUGUAUAAUCUGAUCUAAUAAUUUUUAAUUGGUUCAAUAUAUUUUGAAUAAAUUAUUAACUCAAUUGUUGAUAUAUUUUGUAAGAAGCCCAUUACCUUACACAACCGUAAUGACCUCUUAAUAAGUCGUUUUUUGUGUAUAAUGAAAUUCGAAUAUGUAAGUUUCGAUACGCGAGAAAUAGAUUCAUUUUUAUAGUUUAUUUAUUUAUAUUGUAGAUAAUAUAAUAUUUUUAUUGAUUUGCGCGAAUAUUAAUUUUUUGGACUCCGGUAGAAAAACUUUAUGAGGCCAGUGCAAAACGUGCAAUUGUAUGGAAGCUCAAGGACUUCCUUAGUGAAAGAGAUUGAAAACUUAUGUAAACCCGGAUUUAAAUUUUUUGUAUAAAUAUUUUAUAUAUUUUUAAAAAAAAAUAUGGCUGAGAAUGUUUUUGGUAUCGGCUUCUCAUCUGGAAAAUUGAGAAGGUCAGUGAAAGAAUUUUUGUUCUAAGACAUGUGUGUAAAAUUAUUGAAAAAUUAACAAAAUCGUUCUUUAAGCUUUGUGUACUUUGAAAUCAUUUUAUUUGAAAAUUACUCCAGAAAA